UCGAGUUCACAUUCUCUCAUUCAUCUUCACUCCUAUAAACCUUGUUUAUCUCGGUAGCAAUUACGAAAAGUGAAGAACGGAAAGAAUGGAGCAUCACAGACUCUUUGCUCUGUCAAUCCUUGCUCUUACUCUUCUUGCCACAGCUUCUGCUCAGCUUCGAACAGAUUAUUACAAAGACAUCUGCCCCAAUGUUGAACAAUAUGUACGCACAGCAGUUACGCAGAAGUUCCUGCAGACCUUUGUGACUGCCCCAGCUACUCUCAGACUCUUCUUCCAUGAUUGCUUUGUGAAGGGGUGUGAUGCUUCGGUGCUUCUUUACUCACCCAGUCAUAAUGCGGAGAUGGAUCACCCUGACGACAUUUCACUUGCAGGAGAUGGAUUCGACACAGUGGCCAAAGCAAAAGCUGCUGUUGAUCAGGAUCCUAUGUGCACCAAUAAGGUCUCAUGUGCUGAUAUACUGGCCUUGGCCACUAGAGAUGUGAUAGCCUUGACAGGAGGACCAUCUUAUAAAGUUGAAGUUGGAAGGCUAGAUGGGAGGAUAUCAACCAAGGCAAGUGUUCAGCACAAUCUUCCUAAACCUUAUUUCAAUUUAGACCAGCUCAACGCCCUGUUCAGCUGGCACGGUCUUACUCAGACAGAUAUGAUCGCACUGUCAGGAGGGCACACAAUUGGGUUUGCUCACUGCAGCAAAUUCAUGAACAGGCUUUACAAAUUCAGCCGCUCUAGUAAUCUUGACCCAACACUCAACUGGAAUUACGCUAGGCAGCUCCAAGCGAUAUGCCCCAUGAAUGUGGACUCCAGGAUUGCCGUUCAAAUGGACCAAGCCACGCCUCAGAUAUUUGACAAUGCCUACUACAAGAACCUUCAGAAAGGGAUGGGUUUAUUCACUUCUGAUCAGUCACUCUAUACGGAUCCUAGAUCAAGGGACACUGUUAAUCUCUUUGCAUCAAACACCACAGCAUUCUACGAAGCUUUUGUUACUGCCAUCACCAAGCUUGGAAGGGUGGGAGUUAAGACUACAAGACAGGGUGAAAUUCGUCGUGAUUGUAGUAAGGUGAAUUAACAGAGUUUGUUAUCUAUGGCAUGUUGGCGUGGAGUCUGUGUUCUAUCUUCCCAUUUUAUUAGUUAUAAUAUUUUGUUAAUCAGAUCUAUUUUUUGGUAGGGGGUGCCCUUGUAGUUUGUUUUUUUGGUAGGCGGGGGGGUGUCUUUGUAAUUUAGGCCUAAUUUGUUUCCUGUUUAAUUUCAUUUGCACUGGUGUGGAAGUAGCUAGGAGGUGCAAAUUUUGGUUUACAUUAAAUAGGUCUUAUUUUGUUUUGUUUGUUUGUAAUUUAGAUGAAAUAAAACUUUCACUUUCCAUUA